AUGAAACGAUUAUUGACCGAGAAGAAGGAAUUUCUUUCCGUCAACAGCUAUCUGGCUUUAGAGACGAGACAAAUGCGAGAUAAAAUUGUGGAGAUUAAUGCGCAUAAAUUUCAUAUCAAACUCGAUGAUUGUUUGCAGUUGAGUCAAUUGACACAACAAGACUUUGAGAAAGAAGCUUGCGGUAAACUUUCACUCUUUUCAGCACCACCAAUCGGAGAUUAA